AUGGCUCAUCGAAGCUAUGCUAAUUUGCUUAGAUACCCUGAACAGCUUGCCGACAGAGCAUGGGACAACGUGGGACUGCUCCUUGGCAACAUUGAUCCAGCAGACAAGAGCUUGUCGGGCCCCCAGACAAAGGCUCUGAGCAAGACUGUUCUCUUGACGAAUGAUCUGAGCAUUGCUGUCGCAGAAGAGGCUGUACGGAAGAAUGCUUCAGUCAUUGUGAGCUAUCAUCCCUUCAUAUUCAGAGGCCUCAAGUCUAUCACGUUGAAUGAUCCUCAACAACGCAUCCUGCUACAGCUGGUACAGAAUAACAUCGCUGUUUAUUGCCCCCACACGGCGGUCGAUGCCGUUCCUGGAGGUCUCAAUGACUGGCUGGCCGACAUCUUGAGCGCUGGAAUCUCAGGAUCCAAGCGCACAGUAGCACAGCCGACUUCUUCGCCACCACCUACCGGCUUUGAAGGGUCUGGAUACGGUAGGGUGGUCGAGUUCAGCAGCCCGAUCUCAGUGGUAGAUCUCGUCCGGAAGGCUGCCAAAGGUCUUGGCGGGCUUGGUUAUGUUCAAGUAGCAGCGCCAAAGCAAGCCGAUCUACGCUCGCUGAAAGUCAAUUCUGCAGCGGUCUGUGCUGGCUCGGGAUGGGACGUCUUGAAGGACUCUGGAGCUGAUUUGAUAGUCACAGGCGAGAUGACCCAUCACAACGCCUUGAAGGCGACGAUGGAGGGCAAGGUGGUUGUCACAGUCUUUCACAGUAACUCAGAGCGGUUGUUCCUGAAAGAGAGAAUGCAGCCGGCACUGCAGGAGAAGCUCCAGCAAAGCGACUCAAACAUCCAGGUUCUAGUGAGCGAGGAAGAUGCCGAUCCGUUUGAGAUAUGGGAUGUAAGCAAGUUAGAUUGA